CCGCAUCAUACAAACCGUCAAUUUCAUUUAAAUUAAACCAAGAAUUGGGAGAGAUUCUAAAUUUCCUUUGUUUUUUAAACUUAAUUAAUUAUUAUGAGCGAGUUAGCUUGAUCGAGAUUGUGUUCGUAGAAGAGAAGAAGCAUGGCUGGUUCCUCAUCUCAUCCUUCUCAAAUGGCUUUUGAUGCUUUCUUAAGUUUCAACAGAGACGAGGAAGACGAUGGCUACCGACGUUUCAUUAAGGAUUUAUAUGAGACUCUUAGCGAAUGGGGAAUCAAGAUGUUUAUGGAUGAGGAGGUUAAUCUGAGUGAUAAUAUAGUGAAAGCAAUUGAAGGAUCAAUCACUUCCAUGGUUGUUUUAUCAGAGGGGUAUGCUUCUUCCAAGUGGUGUUUGAGAGAGUUGGUUAAAAUAAUAGAUCAAAAAAAGAAAACCAAACACCAAGUCCUUCCUUUGUUUUAUGGGGGUAGGGUCGCACCACCACCUCCACCAAGACCUUUAUUUAAGCAGUGGGAAGGAAGAUCUUUACGAAGUCUAAGUAGGAACAGGGAGACCGAUGCUUAUAGCGAAGUGGGUUCUAUGACGUCUAGGCAAGUUAAGUUUCGAUAUCAACAUGCUUUUGAAAAAUUCAUUAAUAGUGAGGCAAAAAAGGAUUACUUGAAGGAAGUCGACAAGUGGUGGUUGUCUGUGUUAGAAGUUAGCGAUCUCCCUGGAGUAGAUAUACCACAAAGGAUUUCCUAUACAAAGUUCAAAAUCCAAUCCAUCGCAAAUUCAAUAGGUGAUCACUUGCUUCGUCUUAAGCUCCAAGCCAAAGAAGAAAAUUUAUUUGAAAUGCCACUUCGAUUAAGAACAAUGAAAAUGCUCCUUGGCUUAGGCUCAAAUGACGUACGUUUUAUAGGGAUAGUGGGGAUGAGUGGUAUUGGUAAAACAACCCUUGCGGAAAUGACAUAUUUACGUAUUUUUAAGCCUUUUGUAUCUGCCUUACGAAAACCUUACUUUCUUCACUUUGUUGGACGCAGUAUAGUCUCCUUGCAGCAACAACUACUUGAUCAACUUGCUUUCCUAAAACCUAUCGAUAUCCAAGUUUUGGAUGAGAAUCAUGGAGUAGAAUUGAUUAUGCAGCAUUUGAGUUCACUUAAAAAUGUGCUUAUUGUUUUUGAUGGAAUAACCGAAAGAAGUCAAUUAGAAAUGUUAGCUGGCAGCCCCGAUUGGUUUGGCGCAGGGAGUCGAAUCAUUAUUACAACCACAAAUAAAAAUAUUUUUCAUCACCCUAAUUUCAAAGACAAAGUGCAAGAAUAUAAUGUAGAAUUACUUUCUCAUGAGGCUGCCUUCUCCCUCUUUUGCAAGCUUGCAUUUGGAGAUCACCCUCAUACCCAGAAUAUGGAUGAUCUUUGUAAUGAGAUGAUCGAAAAGGUUGGAAGACUCCCAUUAGCUUUGGAAAAAAUAGCUUUUUCAUUGUAUGGUCAGAACAUAGAUGUAUGGGAACAUACAUUGAAGAAUUUUCAUCAAGUAGUUUAUGAUAAUAUUUUCUCUGAUGUAUUAAAGUCAAGUUAUGAAGGAUUAGAAGCAGAGAGCCAACAAAUUUUCCUAGAUUUGGCAUGUUUCCUCAAUGGAGAGAAGGUGGAUAGAGUGAUUCAAAUACUUCAAGGCUUUGGUUAUACCUCACCUCAAACUAAUUUGCAAUUGUUGGUUGAUAGAUGUCUUAUUGAUAUUUUAGACGGACAUAUACAAAUGCACAUCUUGAUUCUUUGUAUGGGCCAAGAAAUUGUGCACCGCGAGCUGGGAAAUUGUCAACAAACAAGGAUUUGGCUUCGAGAUGAUGCUCGUCGUCUAUUUCAUGAAAACAAUGAAUUAAAAUAUAUUCGUGGAAUAGUGAUGGACUUAGAGGAGGAAGAAGAAUUGGUAUUGAAGGCUAAGGCAUUUGCAGAUAUGUCUGAGCUAAGAAUUUUACGAAUCAACAAUGUGCAACUUUCGGAAGAUAUUGAAUGUCUGUCAAAUAAAUUGACGUUGCUCAACUGGCCUGGCUAUCCUUCAAAGUAUUUGCCAUCAACUUUUCAACCACCAUCUCUGCUUGAGUUACACUUGCCUGGUAGUAAUGUUGAACGACUCUGGAAUGGAACACAGAAUUUUAAGAACUUAAAGGAGAUUGAUGCAAGUGAUUCGAAGUUUUUGGUUGAAACUCCUAAUUUUUCAGAGGCUCCAAAGCUUCGACGAUUGAUUUUACGAAAUUGUGGAAGACUAAACAAGGUUCAUUCUUCAAUAAAUAGUCUCCAUCGUCUAAUUUUAUUGGACAUGGAAGGUUGUGUCAGUUUCAGAAGCUUCUCAUUUCCUGUCACUUGCAAAAGUCUCAAAACUUUAGUUCUUUCGAACUGUGGUCUAGAGUUUUUUCCAGAGUUUGGAUGUGUGAUGGGAUAUUUGACUGAACUACACAUUGAUGGGACUUCCAUAAAUAAACUUUCUCCCUCAAUUACAAAUCUACUUGGCUUGGUUUUAUUGAACCUGAGGAAUUGUAUUAGACUUUCUAGUCUUCCAACUGAAAUUUGUAGGUUGAGUUCACUUAAAACUCUCAUUCUGAAUGGUUGCAAAAACUUGGACAAAAUUCCACCAUGUUUGAGGUAUGUAAAGCAUCUUGAGGAGCUUGACAUUGGCGGAACAUCCAUAAGCACAAUUCCUUUCUUGGAAAAUCUAAGAAUUUUGAACUGCGAAAGGCUGAAAAGCAAUAUUUGGCAUUCUUUGGCUGGUUUGGCAGCACAGUAUUUAAGGUCACUCAACGAUUUAAAUUUAAGUGAUUGUAAUCUUGUGGAUGAAGACAUUCCAAAUGAUCUUGAACUCUUUUCCUCAUUGGAAAUUCUAGAUCUGAGCAGCAAUCAUUUUGAAAGACUGUCAGAAAGUAUUAAACAACUUAUUAACCUUAAAGUAUUGUACUUGAAUGAUUGCAACAAGCUAAAGCAAGUACCCAAGCUUCCAAAAAGUAUAAAGUAUGUGGGAGGAGAGAAGUCCUUGGGCAUGUUAAGAACUUCACAAGGCAAAACUGAUAAUAAGCUAGUACUUUCUCACAAAACUAGUUUAGUUGGAAUGGAGAAUCAAGUGAAGAAAGUUUGUAAUCUCCUAGAUUUAGAACGAUCCAAGGACAUACUUUUUGUGGGGAUAUUUGGAUCAAGUGGCAUUGGUAAAACAACCAUUGCUGAAGUUGUUUACAACACAAUUAUAGAUGAAUUCCAAAGUGGUUGUUUUCUUUACCUUUCUUCAAAGCAAAACAGUUUGGUCCCACUUCAGCAUCAAAUUCUUUCUCAUCUUCUAUCAAAAGAAACUAAAAUUUGGGACGAAGAUCAUGGAGCACAACUGAUUAAGCAUCACAUGAGUAAUAGAAAAGUUGUUAUUGUUCUUGACGGAGUUGAUGAAAGAAACCAAAUUGAAAAGUUAGUUGGAAGUCCGAAUUGGUUUGCACCCGGAAGCAGAGUUAUUAUUACGGCUACAAAUAGAGAUGUUCUGCAUCAACUCAAUUAUAGAGAUCAAGUGCAAGAAUACAAGGUGGAGUUACUUUCCCGCGAGAGUGCUUACUCACUGUUUUGCAAGAAUGCAUUUGGAGAUGGCCCAUCUGAUAAAAAUGAUCUCUGCAGUGAAAUUGUGGAAAAGGUUGGAAGACUUCCAUUAGCUUUGAGAACCAUUGGUUCCUAUUUGCAUAAUAAGGACUUGGAUGUAUGGAAUGAAACACUGAAGAGACUAGAUGAAGAGGAACAAAAUUACUUUGAUACAAUAUUGAAGAGAAAUGUGGAGAAAAUAUAAUUACAGAAGCAUUAGGCCAAAUGUAGUUCUUUACUCAAGAUCCAACAUGGCAGGAGAAUGGAGCUUAACGAAGACGACUAGGUUGCAAUGGACCUGAUCGAUGGCCAAUUUGUUCGUACAUAAGAGCAGAUAUCAAUGUGUGGAUCUAUUCUGAUCUAGGCAACAAAUCUAUGCGGAUUUGGUUCUGCUUUGCUAACAAUAAGCAUCAUGUGUUGUCAACAAAGACAAGAGGUCCUGGUUGAAUAAGACAAAUCCUAGAAACCUUGAUUUGAUAGGUACAUCAUAGAUUAAAUUCAUGAACCUCUUAGUUAGAUAUUGAAACUAAUAUAUCUUUUUUUUUUAUCAUUAGGCCAAUGCAUAAUAGUUUGUAAAGAUCCUGAAUUUAAUGCAUAUUUAAAUCUAUGAACAACUUUAUCUCUUACUUGUA